AUGUCAAAGGGUCGUGUUUGUCUCGCCUACUCCGGAGGCUUGGACACUAGCACCAUCUUGAAGUAUCUUUGUCUUGAAGGAUACACCGUUGUUGCCUGCGCCAUCGACGUCGGACAAGAGGAGAACUGGGAUGAAGUCAAGGAGAAAGCACUCGCCGUAGGCGCGGAGAGGAUGAUUGUCCGAGACUGCCAAAAGGAAUUCGUAGAGGAGAUCGUUUGGCGUGCCGUCCAGUGCAACGCCAUCUAUGAGGACCGAUACCUUCUUGGAACGAGUCUGGCUCGUCCUGUAUUGGCUCGCGAGCUGGUUAAAGUCGCCAAGGAGUUCAACUGCGAAUAUCUGAGCCACGGAUGCACUGGCAAGGGAAAUGACCAAGUCCGAUUUGAGCUUGCCUGGCAUGCGCUGGCACCUGGCAUCAAGAUCAUCGCCCCUUGGAGGGACUCCGCUUUUAUCGCCAAGUUCCAGGGCCGCGCAGAUCUCCUCGAGUACGCCAGGGUCAACAACAUCCCUGUUUCAUCCACCCCCAAGGCUCCUUGGAGCAUGGAUGAGAACCUCGUACAUUUGGAGGACCCCAACGCAGCACCUCCCAAGAACAUGUGGAAGAUGACCGUUGACCCCCUCGAUGCACCUGACAAGCCAUACCACUUCUCUAUUGACUUUGAGAAGGGUAUCCCUGUCAAGGUUACAACCGAGGAUGGCAAGGUGGCAACUGAGUCUGUUGAGUUGUACAAGUUGCUAAACAAAAUUGGCCAUGACAAUGGCCUAAAGAGUCGAGGAUGCUAUGACACACCCGCCGGCACAAUCCUACGCCUGGCUCAUAUCGAUCUUGAAGGUCUCACUCUUGACUCCAAGGUUCGCGAGCUCCGUGACACAUUCGUCACUACAGCAUGGAGUCGCCAACUUUACAAUGGCAUGUAUUUCUCUCCCGAGCGUGAAUUCACCGAGAAAUCCGUCAUUGCUGCCCAAGAUGGAGUUAACGGCACCGUCAAGUUGAUGGCCUACAAGGGCAACGCCUACACUGUCGGCCGCAGCAGCGAGACCAGCAACCUCUACAGCGAGGAAGACGCCUCGAUGGACUCGCUGGACACCUUCAGCCCACUGGACACGACCGGAUUCAUCGCUAUCCAGGCCAUCCGACUGAAGAAGUACGGCGAGGCCAAGAUUGCUUCCGGCAACUCCCUCAUUUAA